AUGACUGAUGUCAAGAUUGCUUUUCUCGGCUUCCUUGUUUUCAAUUCUUUGAUUUUUAAUAUUCUUGGCAUAUUCACACCAAAUUGGACAAGUAACAGAACUUAUCUUGAAUUGGGUAGUGGACUUCGGUUAACUUUGGCUAGUUCAUUUAUGCUAGGGACGUUGGCUUUGUCUAGUAUAACUGUUGUAAUAUUCUUCUACGUCUACUAUCAAGUCAAGAACAACGAUUAUUCUUCAAAUCUUCGAAAAUGGUUCCGUAUUAUCGAUUUGGCUUCUAUACUCGCUAUUAUCUUAACUGUUGCCGCUAUAAUUAUUAUAGCUACAUCGAAUUCUGAUAAUCUAAUUUCCACACCUCAAGGGGGUCCCGACCCUAUCGCUCUCGGCUACUCAGCUUGGUUAUGUUUUAUCUCUGUCAUUCUAACUGUUGCCAUAGCCUCGAUUUCGGAAUACAUUGCCAGUGAAGAAUGCUGA